UUCACAACAAUCCUCGCAGCAAACUUCUGCUUCCCUCCAGGGUCAUUUCCAAGCAGGACGCUGGGGUGUCCUGCUCUGCUUCCCGGUCUGUGCAACGAGAAGCUCAGGGUAAGAGCAGGCUGCCUGGAAGGCUGAGAAGCAGCUCCCUCCUGCAGCAGGGAAGACAAGAUGCAGACCAUGUGGGUGAUGUUGAUCUGCUUAGCCGGAGGGCAGCUUGCGUGUGCCACACUCUGCAAGACUUACGGCACCAUCCCGGGCAUCCCAGGGGCACCAGGCCAGCCUGGCAGCAAUGGCAGAGAUGGCCAGAAUGGCCCAAAGGGUGAUCGAGGUCCCCCUGGCCAGGCGGAGGAUGAAGGAGAAAUUGGGGAGAAGGGGGACCCAGGAGCACCAGGCCACCCCGGGAAGAUUGGCCCCAGGGGUCCCACAGGUUCAAAGGGACUGCAGGGCCCCAUGGGACCCCCCGGCCCCCAGGGAGACUCUGGGGACUACAAGGCCACCCUCAAGUCCGCCUUCUCAGCUGCCAGGACGAUCAGCGUCUUCCCACGCCGGGAGCAGCCCAUCCGCUUUGACCGUGUCAUCACGAACGAGAAGGGUCACUACGAGAACCGCUAUGGCCGCUUCACCUGCCGCGUGCCAGGCAUCUACUACUUUACCUACCACGUCACGUCCAAGGGCAGCCUGUGCCUCAGAAUGAAAAAGGGCCGGGGUGGCAGCAAGGGCGACGUGGUGGUGACCUUCUGUGACUACGUGCACAGCAGCUACCAGAUCACCACCGGCGGUGUGGUGCUCAAGAUGGCAGUGAACGAGUCCGUCUGGCUGGAGCCAACGGAGAAGAAUGCCAUCGUGGGGAUCGAAGGGUCUGACAGCAUCUUUUCCGGCUUCCUGAUCUUCCCUGAGGCUUAGCCUGCUGAAGACAUCUCUCCAGAUGCUCUCUGCAGCCCUUGCCCUACCGCUGGCUUCCCCCACCAAGGAGCAAGGACUCCCCUGGAGAUGACUCUUUGCUCCAGAUUCGGUGCCCUAAGUCUUUUGUUGCCAGUCUUGCACAUUAAAUGACGGCUCGUGCUGCUGCUGGUC